UGCAAAAAUUGAAAGAGGAAAAAAACGCCUUUGAAGCACUGCUGGUUUUUUUUUCUUCCUUUGUGUGCGAUCGAUUCCAUUCCCUCGCCUCAUCAUGCCUCAACAAACAUCGUCAUUCAAAAAUAGAGCACGUACAUUACCACCGCACGCGUUUAGUAACCACCAUGUUACUCUCUCAGCCGCUGCCAACAAAAGUCCUUUACCUUCCCCUGUCGAGCAUGCCAUUAAGCAAUGGUUGGAAUCCCCACUUCUCAACACUUCACAUGCACCGUUGCCAGACAUUUGUCAAUGCUGCGGUCAGAACAACUGCGAAAACCUAAAGUCCUUGUCCAAGAUGAUUGCCGACCUCGAUUCAGGUUCUCGUCUGGCAGCAGAAAUUGGCCAGGUUCUGUUGCAGAAUAACAAAGACUGUUCGCUUGAAUCUAUUCAAUUGAAAAAACAGCUGGAUGAUGCAUUGGAAGAAGUCUAUCACAUGAAUCAGGAGUUGCAGAGACGGACAUGGGAAUUCGAAAAAAUACAAAAGAUUUUGGACGAGACAACCGCGGAUCUCGACAUGACCAACGCCAAAUGUGCCGAGCUAUCUAAAGCAUUGCAAGCCAAAACCAGUGAAUGUGCCGAAUUAUCCACUUACCGGUUUCUCGUUCGACAUUCCGAAGAACGUGAAGAAAUCCUGCGAAACAAAUUGGACGAUACCAAUCAGGAAUUAGCCAUGGCACGAAAAAACGAGUUGUCAUGGGAAGGAAAAUACUGCAAGCUCAAGGUCCGUUAUGAUAAUCUUUAUGAAAAGUUGAGACAGUCAUCACAGGACGAGCGAAAAUCAUUCAACUGUGCGGCGGGAACGUUGGUGCAGUACAAUAAUCAAUCCACACUGGAGCAACGGGCUCGGCGGGCAAAGCUCGAUUUGACUCAAUGGUCCCAACUUAAUGCCGAAAAGACGGAUUCCAAAGAGCUUAUUGUGUUUGUAAAAGAUUUAGCUGCAGCCAAUGCAAAGCUGAAAAUGGAGCUAUUGAACUGCAAAGACCGAGUAUCCAUGCUACAAAGUGAGCAGCAAAGUCACAUGGAACAAGAUGAAUUAGCGGAAUGGCCAAACGAUGUAUAUGAUCUUGGUGUGGAUCGACCAAAGCAACGGCACAUUGUACCACAUUCUUCUGUCAAACCGAAAUUACGCCGUUCACUUUCCGCCAAGGAAAGCAAAUCAUCCGCCCCUCAGAAACAACAGGACAGCAUGUUUACCAAAUGCCGUGGAUCGCCACCAACGCCGGUCGUUUCCGCCUCUACGCCUUCGGGGAUACCAAAAGAUCCCAUCGUACAUCAUCACUACCACUACUACGUACAGCAUCACAAAAACAAACCAACAAAACGACCGUCGAGCAAUGCGGCCUCCUUGUCUCAUCUUUCCAAUCCUCCAACUCCUGAAGAAUCGAAUAGUUCCGACGCAAGAGAUUUGUGGACGCAUGCAACGUAUACAUCAACGCAUGAACAAAGGCCGUACCAUCAGCUGUGCAGCUAUGUGACGCAUGUUCUGCAACGGUUACGCGCCACGGAGAUUCGUGCAUUGAACCGACGGUUACGACGGACAUUUGAUAUUGAUGAAUUGAGUAGUAUGAGUAAUUCGAUCAUUGAUAAUCUGCUGACAGACAUUGGCGCACUCAAGAGUCGAUUCCUUUGGGUGGAAGGACAAAAGAUAGUCGACGGUCUUCAAGACUUCUUUCCCCUCCUGGGAGUUUUACAAGACUUGUUGCAAGAAGUGGGUCAGCUACGAAUGACAGUCAAUGAUUUACAGGCGGAAUACGUGAGAAAAGUGGAGAUAAUGGGAGCACGCAUCGAGCAAGAUAUUGCGCGUAAGCAGCAAGAGCAAAAGUUGCAGCAAAGGGACAAUGGAAGCCAAUCACCCUUUCUGGGACGAUCAUGGGUCGCGCAAUUAUUUCAAUCCACCAGAUCCACUGCGACGGCGGCCAAUACAUCCUAUUCGAUGCUUCAUGGCGAGAAGACGAUUUCGCGAAUGUUCCAACGACCUCAUCGAUAUCAGCAAGGAUCAUCAUCACGGAUUUCAUCGGACGCUGUUGACCGACACGGUCCUCCUUCCAGUUUUCCCAGACUUAGCGAUCAGCAAAGUAUGGCCUACCCACCGCUGAUGAAGAUCUCCCGAAGCACAGGCACUGAUUGCCCUCGACCCAAACUGCCGCCUUUGCAGCAGAUGAAACAACAUCGUCGAUUACUGACGCCACCUGCCAAUCUAAGUGGUCUUUCUCCAUCUCUCGCCUCGGAUAUGGACAUUGACUGGAAAUUAAGAGGCCCUGGUUUUAGGGAAACCUGGCUUGGUUAGGUUCUCUCAUCCUGUAUAUAACUUGUAAUUAUUUUUCCCCUCCUUACCAUUGUAUUUCCUUGCAGUCUCAGCGACAUUCCUUUAUUUUCACCCGGACACCAGCCCCUGUAACCCUUAUCUGCCUCCACAAGGUUUCGCUUUCGGUUCAUCCAUGCCUAUAUCGUAUGCUACUCCAAG